CAAACACACGCUUGAGAGGGACCUGAGUGCAAUUAGCUAUUUUUGGCGAGGCUAUUCUCCAGUAAACUUCCCUUUGCUUCCGCCCUCUUCUCUCGUAUUCCAAAGCCCUAAGCUUUUCCCGCUUGAGUGUUUUUGUUUUGCUCGCAUAAUCAGAAUAAUCGGAAGCUAAGGGGUAAUGGCUAGAUUAUUGUCAAACGCGGCCUUCAAAGGCAUCGCCGGUCUCUCUGCUGCUCGCUCGAGAACAAAAGUGCUUGGAUCCUUCUACCAUGAUGGGUUGAAAUACUCGACAACUGUUCCCAGUGACCCUGAUACACAUGAAGAUUUUAGACCCACCAAUAAGGUUCAGGGUUCUCCUGUUUCUUUGAAAGAUGUUGUUGAACAGGAUGUCAAGGAAAAUCCUGUGAUGAUUUACAUGAAAGGGGUACCUGAUUUUCCUCAAUGUGGAUUCAGUUCACUGGCAGUAAGAGUGUUGAAACAUUACAAUGUUCCUUUAAGUGCAAGAAAUAUUCUGGAAGAUCCUCAGCUGAAAACUGCUGUUAAAGCCUUCAGCCACUGGCCCACAUUUCCACAGAUAUUUAUUAACGGGGAGUUCAUUGGAGGUUCAGAUAUAAUUCUCAAUCUGCACCAGAGCGGAGAACUGAAGGAAAAGCUCAAGGAUAUUGCAGCCAGCCCCAAGUCUGAAUAAAUCACUGUUGAAAGUGAAGAUUGGAGUAGGUUAUUAGAGCCUUUCUGUUUGCUCCUCUUCUUGAUACCAAAAGAUGUUAAGAUGGAUAGUUUCAUAUUUUAUGUAUCACGACCUUGAAAAUUUUUAAUAAUAAGCUCAUUGUUCAACAUUA